AUGGUUUCCACAAUCAAACCGAUCCAACUUUACGGCGGCAUUCUCGGCCCAAACCCACUGAAGAUCGGGAUCAUCCUCACUGUUCUCGAGUUGCCCUGGGAGACAGUCGCAAUCGACCACGCGGAUAUCAAGAAGCCAGCUUAUGAAGCAAUCAACCCCAACGGACGUCUUCCUUCUAUCCAUGACCCGAACACCGAUUUGACUAUCUGGGAAAGCGGCGCAAUCAUCGAGUAUCUCAUUGAGCGGUACGACGCCGAAGAGCCUCGCAAGCUCAGCUUCGCACCCCGAAGUGCAGAAGCCGAGCUUGCGCGCUCUUUCCUCUACCUUCAAGUAUCAGGCCAAGGUCCCUACUACGGGCAGGCGUACUGGUUCAAGAAGCUCCACUCUGAGAAAGUCCCGAGCGCCGUGGAGCGCUACGUCACUGAAGCUAAGCGCGUGACUGGUGUCCUCGAUAAGUGGCUAGUCCAACAGAAGGAAGCCAAUGAAUCAAACCUUCAAGAUGGCCCUUGGUUGGUCGGGAACAAGCUGUCAUACGCGGAUAUCUCCUUCAUCCCGUGGCAAUCGGCUGCCCACAUGGUGUUCACCGAUGAUGGGUUUGACGUCGAUGAGUUCCCCAACGAAAAGGAAUGGUUCGAGCGUAUGACUUCUAGGAAGGAUAUCAAGGCUGUUUUGGACUCUUCCAAUGAGCAAAUGGCAAAGGUUCAAGCUGCAAAGGCUGCAAAGGCUGCAAACUAA